AUGGCAACAGCGAAAUUCAACUCCAAAUCCCCCACCAUCAAGCGCAUCCUGCGCGAAGCCUCCGAACUCGCCACCUCCCCCUCCCCAGACUUCCACGCCGCUCCAGCAUCAGAUGCUGAUCUAUUCGACUGGCAUUUCACGCUGCGCGGUCCCCCCUCCUCCGCCUUCCAAGAGGGCAUCUACCACGGCCGCAUCGUAUUACCGCCCACCUACCCGCUCCGCCCGCCAUCAUUCCGCUUCCUGACCCCGUCCGGCCGGUUUGAAGUCAAUCGCGAGAUCUGUCUUUCCAUCAGCGGCCACCAUGAGGAGACGUGGAUGCCCGCCUGGGGCGUGCGUACUGCGCUCACGGCGCUGAGGACAUUCAUGGAGACAGAGGCCAAGGGCCAAUUGGGCGGCCUGGACACGAAUAAUGAGGAGCGGGCGAAGAUCGCCAAAGGUACGGGGGCAUGGAAGUGCGGUGUUUGCGCCAAGACCAAUGCCGAAAUCUUGAAGGAGUGUGAGGAGGAGGCUGCGAAGAUGGAGGGCGGUGCGGCUCAGGAGCCGGAGAUCCCGAAGGAGCUGAGUAUGGGGUACAAAGACGCGAUGGGAAAAGGUGUGCAGGGCGAGGGAGAGAGACCGAAACUGGUCGAGGAGUCGGAAAGUGAUGAGCUUGCCGAGGGGUUCGUGAGGACUGGUUUUGAUGGUGCGGGGGAUGAGCAAAGCUCGAGCUCGGCGCCUGCAGUUGCUCCGCUCCCUGUUGCGAGACCUGCGCAGAGCGUGCCUCAGCCGACUGGCGCUACAGUGCCUAAUGCACCGAGAGCUGCGGUCGCGAGGGCGUACCCGACUCGAGUGACGCAAAGGAGGGUCAGUGACGAGUCCGGCUCUCCGGUCUGGCUGGAUAGAGUCAUUGGGGCAGUGAUCUUCUGCUUGAUUGCGCUUGUCAUGAAAGUUGUACUUGGUCUCUAG